UCUUUUCACACUAGUACUGUCUUCUUCUCUCUAUCUAGUUAGCAUCUACCACUAUUUCUAGUACUGCUUUUUUCUUUCUUUCCAUGGCGCUUCCUCCUCACUUCACAGCACUUGUUCUUCUUCUAAUUGCGUUGGUCUUUGCAAAUGUUGAGCUCUCAACGAGCACCCAAAUUGUGAAGGCCAAAGUCUCUUGCCUUGAUUGCAAAGCGAACUAUGACCUCUCCGGAAUUAAAAUUCUAGUGAAGUGCGAUCAAGUGAAGAAAAUGAGUAUGGCAACCACAAAGAAUGAUGGGUCAUUUGAAACACAACUUCCCACAGACAUCUCAAAAUCUGGUCCGAAGGCAUUGAAUUGCCUUGCAAAGCUUCUUGGUGGUCCAAAGCAGCUCUAUGCCUCAAAGAAACUGAUGACAUCCCAGGUCAUCAACACCACUCACUCAGACUCUCUUACUAUUGCCACUCCUCUUGCCUUUUACACGUCCUGCCCUUCAAACACAAAUCAAGUUCAUUGCAAGGUUGCUUCAUCCAAGACCGUUGAUCUUCCUCUGCCUCCUGAGUGGGGCCUAGCACCUUCAAGCUACUACAUUCCUUUCUUCCCUAUCAUAGGCAUACCUUGAAUUAAUAGUGCUUGUUUACUUUCUACCCUAUAGCUUGCCUCUCAAUUAAUAUAUAAUUAGUGGGUUGAAAGACUACAUUCAGUCUGCUAUAUGGAUAACAUACUUAUAUAUGCAUGUAUAUAUGUAUGGCUCUGUGUUUAAGCCAAAAAAAAAAAAAUAAUAAUAAUAAUAUAUGUAUGGCUUUGUGUAUGAAGAAUGUAGUAAUUAAGAUCUUUGUAUUUCCCUUUUA